AUGGCUACGCCCCCAAUUGUGAUUGCGGAAAACGACACCAGUGCGAACACAACGGCAGCCGGUCAUCUCGACAACGGUCAACAACCUGCGGAAGCAGGGACAAGUGGCAAGCUCGUGGACGGCAGCAAAGGAAAUCAUGACAACUCAACUUCCAACGACACUUCUGACUCUGACAUGACUACAUCAGGCCCAGAGGACCAGGAUGACGAGGACUUCAUUUCUGUGAAGACAGGACGCAAACGGAAGCGCAAGAUCGAGAGCGCCAGUGAUGAGGAAAGCAGAAAGAAAGCCAUCGUUUCACUCGGUCUGACGGUCAUCUUCGCACCGCAAGACCCGACGAUACUUCUGAACAAGCUCAACGGCCUGAAGCUCACGGAGGCUCUAAAUAGUCACGCCCCUACCGAAGUUGGUGAAAUUCGCUGCAACAAGAGAUUGAACAUACUCGCGGUGGACACACGAAAUCAAGAAUCCACAGCGUCCUUGCUGCGAAUCAGGAAGCUCGUCGGCAUUGCAGUGCGGGCAUACGAGCCUCGGAAUCCGAACACUGCUGUGGGCAUUAUUCGGGACGUUGACGCAAGCAUCUCGGAGAAAGUGUUGCUUCGGAACCUAAGCGCGAACAUGACGAAAAUCACGCAGGUGCGUCGUUUUGCUGACACGGAAACGGUUCGCGUCACUUUCGCUUCUGCGACCCUACCGGAACACGUAUUUCUGGGCAGAGUACGACAUAAGGUCGAACUAUACGUUGAUCGACCAGCGCAGUGCAGGAAGUGUGGCAAGUUUGGACACGUCAAGCCAGUUUGCACUCGCCCCGAGGUGUGCACCAGAUGCUCUGGCUCCCACGCGAGCGAAAGAUGCGAAGCCGAAAGGGCCAAGUGCGUGAACUGCAAGGGCGCACAUGAGGCAACCUCGAAAGACUGUGUGAUCUGGCAACAAGAACGAGCCGUAAACAAGUACAAAACAAUUAACAAAGUAGACUUCAAAACUGCCCGAGCUGCCGUCCGAAGCCGCGGCCAGCGCAACAUCGAACACGACAACUUGAUCGUUCUUCAGAACCGUUUCAGUGACCUUUAUGAUGAAACGCAGGACCUCCCCCCCCGAGCAGAGCAACGCAUCACAGAGUGA